GGCGGGCCAAUACUUUACUGUACUAGGGGGAAAAAUUGUCCAGCAGCAGUCUGUUUCAAGUUUUACUGUCGCUGUUUGUGUGUGUUUGAUGAGGUGUGGUAGAAAGAGGAGAUGUGGUCCUUUUUUGCCAGGGAUCCUGUCAAAGACUUUGCUUAUGAAAUUCUACCAGACACCCAGGAGAAGUCUGGGAUAUGGACCUUACAUCGGGGGAAGCGAAAGACCAGUGGAGAGCCGGUGUCUGUCUUCCUGUACGAGAUAGCUCAGGGAACAGAGCAGCAGACCCAGCUAGCCAAGGCUGCCUUCAAGCGUAUGAAGACCCUUCGACACCCUAACAUCCUGGCUUAUGUUGAUGGAUUGGAGACAGAGAAGAGCCUGUACCUGGUUACGGAGCAGGUUACUCCCCUGGCUGUUCACCUGAAGGCCCAGGCAGAGAAAGGGGGAUCUGGCGAACUGGAGGUCUCCUGGGGACUGCACCAGAUUCUGAAAGCUCUGAGUUUCCUGGUCAAUGACUGCCACCUGCUCCACAACAACUUGGGUGUUUGGGCUGUUUUUGUGGAUCGAGCUGGAGAGUGGAAGCUUGGGGCACUUGACCAUGUGGUCCCUGAGCAGGGUGACCCAAGUGGGGUGUCGCUUCCUGCCCCUAAAGCAGUUUACCCAGACAUGGAAAAAUAUGACCCACCAGAGAUGCCCAACAGCAGUGGAGAGAAAUGGGCAGGGGAGGUGUGGCGGCUAGGCUGCCUGAUCUGGGAGGUGUUCAAUGGGCCACUCCCUCGCACUUCCUCCCUUCGCUCAUUGGGAAAGAUCCCCAAAGCCCUGGUCCCUCACUACUGCGAACUGGUGGGCGCGAACCCCCGCGCUCGUCCCAGCCCAGCCCGGUUCCUCCAGAACUGCAGAGCCUCCGGAGGAUUCCUCAGCAACAGUUUUGUGGAGAGCAACCUUUUUCUGGAGGAGAUCCAGAUCAAGGAGCCAGCUGAGAAGCAGCAGUUCUUCCAGGAUUUGAGUGACAAUCUGGACUCUUUUCCUGAAGACUUCUGUAAACACAAAGUCCUGCCUCAACUGCUCACUGCCUUUGAGUUUGGCAAUGCAGGCGCCGUAGUCCUCACCCCCCUCUUCAAGGUGGGGAAGUUUCUGUCAGCAGAAGAAUAUCAACAGAAGAUUAUCCCAGUUAUCGUGAAGAUGUUUUCCUCCACAGACCGAGCCAUGAGGAUACGACUGCUGCAGCAGAUGGAGCAGUUUAUUCAGUAUCUGAACGAGGCAGCAGUCAAUUCACAGAUUUUCCCUCACGUUGUUCACGGCUUCACAGACACCAACCCUGCCAUCAGAGAACAGACUGUCAAGUCUAUGUUGCUGCUGGCUCCCAAACUGAAUGAGACCAACCUGAACCAGGAGCUGAUGCGGCACUUUGCCAGGCUGCAGGCCAGAGAUGAACAAGGCCCAAUCCGCUGCAACACCACCGUCUGCCUGGGCAAGAUCGCCUCCUACCUCAACGCCGGGACGCGACAGCGUGUUCUGAUUUCUGCCUUCUCACGAGCCACUAAAGACCCCUUCCCAGCUUCACGCUCCGCUGGCGUUCUGGGAUUCGCCGCCACGCACAACUACUACAGUAUAACAGAGAUCGCUGCCCGAAUCUUGCCCACGCUCUGUGCCAUUACCGUUGACCCUGAUAAGAGCGUCAGGGACCAGGCGUUCAAAGCCAUGAAGAGUUUCAUCUCCAAGCUGGAGGCGGUGUCAGAAGAUCCGACUAAGCUGGCUGAGAUAGAAAAGGAUGUAGCGUCUUGUGCUCAGCCUGCAGGUGCCUCUUCCAGCUGGGCCGGCUGGGCUGUGACUGGCAUGUCCUCGCUAACGUCUAAGCUGAUCCGCAAUGCUCCAGGGACAGAGGGAGGUCCAGCGGCUGAGGGUGACGAGCCCACCAAUGCCACCAGCCCCACCGGUGCCACUGAUGCAGCAUCUGUACCUGAUUCUGAGGAUAAAACUCCACAAGACGCUCUGGAUCACCAAGCUGAAUCUAGUCGUGCCAUUCAAUCUCAGACUCUAGAAGUGACGGACAAUGAUGAGGAGCCAAUAGGAGACCGCUGGGAUGAAGAAGAAGAUUGGGGAAGUUUAGAGGAUACAGAGAAAGCUCACACUGAGACGGAUGACUGGAACACUGAUUGGUCUGGAAUGGCAUCAUCCAAGAAGAAGGCCAGUGACAGAGGAGUUGGCCGGUCGUCCUCCUCCAUGGCGGUGAAAAAACAGAGCUCUGACUGGAGCAGCUCCGGAUGGGAUGCCGACGACAGCUGGUCCAAUGAGAAAGAGGGCCAGUGUCAGAGCUCUGCGGGCGAGGAAGGCUGGGGCAACGACUGGGCAGAUGAAGAGACGGACGCGGCCUCAGCAGACAAGACGCUCCCCUUGCCUGAGGGGGUGCGAUUAGCCAGCGAGUACAACUGGGAAAGCAGCAGCACAACCAAAGGAGCCAGUCAGAACGACCUAUUUGCCAGCGUGUCGCAGAGAAACACUGCUGCCACGGCUGCAGAUGGAUGGACCGCAGAGGCAACAGGAGACUGGGGCACUGAGGAGAGCUGGGAGUCAGUGGAUGGAAGCCAGGGAGGUCUCAGCAAGGCCGAGCUGUCCAAGAAGAAACGGGAGGAGAGGAGGAAAGAGCUGGAGGCAAAGCGGGCAGAGCGCAAAGCUGCUAAAGGUCCUCUCAAACUGGGCGCACGCAAACUGGACUGAUGGGGAUGGAAGAUCUGAGGGGGGCGGGGGGACGGAGAGGGAGGGGCACAGACUGCAGUGACUGAACCCGGACCAGUGGAUGGAGGCUCGACAUUCCAUAAGUACAGGAUCAGAGAGAAGUGUCGGCGGUGAGGAAGAUACUGUGAACAGUCCCUGUUGGACAUGAUGAGGAGAGGAAAACACUGCUGAUGCUUAAAAGACGACUUCCAGCUGUUUAUCCUUAAGAAGCUCAGAGAUGGGUGAAGAAUCAAAAAGCAGCGAUCGAGUUGAAAGAAAGGAAACGAGGGUAGAGACAAAUAAGCGGAGAGACUUUCAGCACUGCUCACAGCAGAGACUCGAGUUGAUUACCCCUCUGUUUGUUUUUUAAAUACAUAACUCACAAAGUGGCAGUUGUAAAGUAAAUGUAUAUAAAUGAUGCAUCUUGUCUUAAAAUGACAUGAAGAAAAGACACUUUUUUUAAAAAUGGAAAAAUAUAUAUAUCAGAAUUUCAGAAUCAAACAUGUAGUAUUAAUAUACUGAAUGUUUUUCAGUACACACACAUUCACUCACUCACACACACACACACACACACAGUGGAUAUGAAUGUUUUAGUUCAGCUGUCACUAACUUGCAGACUUUAAAUCAAUCCAUGCAUGCACUUGUGUAUUUGUGUGGCCUAACUAAAACUUUCAUGGCCAGGAAUUACAAAUGUGUUGAGUUUACUUUCCACACACAACACUGUAUGUUACUGUGCCGACCUGUCCUGAAAGGCCACACAUUGGACUGGGUUCAGAUCUGUAAAUGUAUAAUGUGCACUCCUGACACACAGCGGAGCAGCUGGGACACAGACGGAAGUAAGAAAAUUGAGGCUCGAUUACUGAUUUCAAGGGGAAUUUGUGAUUCUUUUGUCUUUAUGAGGUAUAGUGCUGCGGUAGAGGAUUUGUGGAAUCAAAGAUUUAUUUUUUAGUCUUUUGAAGGUCUCGUCAUGCAUUUGUACCUGUAAAGUCCUGCUCACUUAAACCCUUCAUGGUCAUUUAAGGAAGUGAUAUUUACCCAUCAAUAAUUUUUCACGGUGCUGAGUGUGGUCGGGGUAAAGUUUAUUUUACUCUUUUUAUUUGUGCCUUUAUUUAUAUUGCAGAUCUGUUCUGUAAGAUCACAUCCACCAACUACAAGAUUUAAGUUUCAAAUGUAGUCCUCAAAUCCAGAUUCUGUUUUCAUUGUCUGUCUGUGUUGGAUAUGGUACUGUUCAGUAUGGUGUUAUUUUCAAUAUGAAAUGCUGUAUAGAUAAAGCAGCUGACACAAUCAACAGCCACCUCCACUGGAACCAUAAAUGUCCUGGUUUGGGGUGGUCAGGUAAAGGAACUAUGCUGCAUUAACCCUGGUGGACGGAGGAAGACUGAAUGAAUCCAAAUCAUGUAGCAUGUGAGCUAUUCUAAAAUAAAAACAACUAAUAUAAACUCA